GAGAGUGCGGAACUGAAGGAACUUUAGUUGAAGUUACGUGCGGUCUCUGCUUCAAGCCAGAGGGCCAUCUCUGCCGAAACAACCUCAGAGUGGCCGUUUCUGUUAAAUAUAUGCAAAUGGUAAUGAGCCUUCGAGUUUCGGAGCUCCAAGUGUUGUUGGGGUAUGCAGGACGGAAUAAGCACGGGCGCAAACACGAACUUUUGACCAAAGCUCUCCACCUACUCAAGGCUGGUUGCAGUCCCCCAGUGCAGAUGAAGAUCAAAGAGCUCUACAGACGGCGCUUCCCAACCAAAAUGGUUUCGCCGGUCGACCUGGCGCUGCCCAGUGUUCACUCUGCCUCCAGCCUGCCUGCUGGCCUUGCCCAGCUGGGAUUUGACAGCCACGGUUCCACAUCGCCUCUGCUGCCUGUUUCUUUACUUGGGCCUAAGCAUGAGCUCGGUUUGCCUCACCUCCCCUCCGCCCUUCACCCUGUACAUCCUGAUGUCAAGCUCCAGAGAUUACCAUUCUAUGACGUACUGGAUGAGCUCAUUAAGCCAACCAGCCUGGCCUCAGACAACAGCCAACGGUUCCAGGAAGCAUGUUAUGCUUUUGCAUUAACACCACAGCAAGUUCAACAGAUCAGCAGCUCCAUGGACAUAUCUGGGACCAAAUGUGACUUUGCUGUUCAAGUUCAGUUAAGAUUUUGUUUAUCAGAGACCAGCUGUCCCCAAGAGGAUCAUUUCCCCCCUAAUCUGUGUGUGAAGGUGAACAGCAAACCCUGUAAUCUCCCGGGAUAUCUUCCUCCAACCAAAAAUGGAGUUGAACCAAAAAGGCCCAGCCGCCCCAUCAACAUAACCUCUCUUGUCCGACUGUCCACCACAGUCGCCAACACAAUUGUGGUGUCAUGGACUUCAGAAAUUGGGAGGAGUUUUUCCAUGGCUGUUUAUCUGGUAAGACAGCAGUCGUCUGCAGUGUUGUUGCAAAGACUACGGGCGAAAGGAAUUAGGAACCCUGACCACUCAAGAGCUCUGAUCAAAGAGAAAUUAACAGCUGAUCCAGAGAGUGAGAUCGCCACCACCAGCCUACGAGUCUCUCUCCUGUGUCCUCUGGGGAAGAUGAGGCUGACAAUCCCUUGCAGAGCGCUGACGUGUUCUCACCUUCAGUGCUUCGAUGCUACACUUUACAUCCAAAUGAAUGAGAAGAAGCCGACCUGGGUGUGUCCAGUCUGUGACAAGAAGGCUCCCUAUGAGCACCUCAUUAUCGACGGGUUGUUCAUGGAAAUCUUGAAUAGCUGUUCUGACUGUGAUGAAAUCCAGUUCAAAGAAGAUGGAAACUGGUCCCCCAUGAGGUCGAAGAGAGAGGUGCAGGAUGUGUCUGCGUCGUACAAUGGUGUAGACAGCGAUUCCUCUCGGACAGAUUCGCAUGAGCAUAAACGGGGAUCGUCUAAAGACAACGGCAAGAAUGUUGACGUGAUUGACCUCACACUGGAUAGCUCCUCAGAGGAGGAGCUAGAUGAUGAGCCGCCUCUUAAAAGGGCCUGUCCCUCGAUGUCACCUGUCUCUCCACCUCCAAGCAAGGGAGUACUUAACCUACACAGCCCAUCCCCACCUCUGAGCAGAGCACCCAGCAUGCCCACCGUGGAGACCAGCUACAUUCCUCCCCCUCCGCCUCUUAUCCAGGACUAUCGCCACUAUUAUCACACAACUAGUGACCUGCCAGAUCUAAAUUUCUUCUCCUUCCUCCAAGGCGACAAUCAGCAUUACAACAUGGUGAUGGCUGCUGCGGCAGCUGCUUCGGCUUCGGCAUCGGAGGAUCACGACUUGCUGCUGAACCGUUUCCUGCCCUACGGCUCCCCUCAGAUGUUACGGGACCAGCCGGGCACCCCGGGGAGCAGCACGCUGGCCGCCACCAACGGGGGCAGCAACAGUGGCAGCACCAGUAGUUUGGUGUCUUCCAGCAGUUUGCGGGACCGCGACAAAGACAGAGACAGGGACACCAUCUCGGGAUUGUCGAGGUCCUCAGUGGAAGCUGCAGCGGCGGCGGCCAUUUAUGGCUCCAUAUCUGACGUUAUCUCUCUUGACUAGCUCCACACAAAACUGAAAGACAUGAUGGGAGACCUCGGGAACAGGAGUUCUUUGUAAAUAAGGAAGGGGAAGAUGAAAGAAUACAGUGCUAUGUACAGAGAGGAAAAUCUAUUUUCAAUUUUACUUAUCGUAUGUAUAUAAACUUAGGACGCUUCUUGUCCGGUGAGUUACUUCAGUUGAUAUUUUUCUGUGAAUACUGAAGACUUUUUCACAUUUCUUCAUGUGGUCCUUUGAUUAUAUUGUACCUUUUGUACCUGGUUUUUACAGUUUUGUUCUGAUAUUUCAUGUCAAUUGCAUUAUUUCAGUAUAAUAUGUGCACAGAACCCAAUGAGGUGACACCUUAUGUAACAUGAUAUUUAAAGUAUAAAGAAAAUGGGCAUUGUUAUAGAUGUGCAAAAGGCAAGUCACAGGAAAAUGUGUAACACUUUCUUUAUUUUCAAAAUGGCAUAAUUUCUGUCAAAACUGUUUUGACAGCAGAAAGAUCUGGCCAUUUUUGCCAUCACUGUAGAUUUUUCUGUAAAACAUUGAUGCUGUGGUCAUUUUAUUGUCAAGGAAUUAUUUAUGAUGUAAGUUAUGUUGUAUGUAUGCAGUUUUUUAAAGAAGCAUUCCUUAUGCCUCUAGGAACCGUUGCCACUAGAAUUGAAAUGCUAGAUCCUUCUUCGUCAGAACGCAGCACUCGUUUAGCCUGUUUCAGUAAAUCAAAUAUGAACCAUAGUGUAUAGUUUAGACUAUACCUAAAAUACAUAUAAAUUGGAAGUAAGUCAGUAUUGUAAGACCAGGUUUUUCCAAUGUGUAAAUGAAUGGCACACCUGUUUUAUUUGGAAUACUACACUCAAAAAUAUACACAAAAGACGACAUGUUUCAAGACAGCUAGUUUGUGGUCCACUUGAGGUAAUUUGACAUUUCAUGAUGCAUUUAUGUUAUUUUAGCACUUGAUCUUUACAUAAAGGCUGUGUGGAGCAGUGAAUAGUCCACAAUUGCAGGGGACACUUACAGUUGUUUUCAGCUUUGCGUGUCCCUGCAAAUGGCCUGAAAGCUCACCUGUUGUGUGCUAUGCAGUUCCUUACUGAGGCCACAGGAUGCAUAGCCUUUUUGUUAAGUGUAUUUGCAACAGCCUGUAAGGGAACUGUGAUCACUUAUUCUCUUUGAGUGUAUUGCAACAUGCAUUUUGGCCCUGAAGUUAAAACCAUUGAAGUUAUUAUGGACGCAUUCCCUCCCUUUAUCUUUCUUGACUUGUGCUUACAAUUAGGAUUAUUUAUUAUCAUAUAUAUUUUAAGCAUUUGUUUGAUUUGUGGAUAUGCAUUGCUGUCAUUGUAUGUGAUAUUUCUUUUGUAAUUAUAUAAUUAAUGCUAUUUAAAGAUGUCAUAGUUGCUUGACAUGCAUUGUAA